UCUUACCCUGCUCUAUGAAUUACUAAAGUCCACUGAUAGUCCUUCCUUCGUGAAGCAUUCCUGAAGACCCCAGCCUAGCAGAUCUCCCCUUCCUCUGACCUCCUGUAUUGAAACAGCUGACCCUUGACCAACAUUACAUGAUUUGGAGAAAUAAUUGGAAGUCUACCACAGGGAGACUAAAUGUAAAACUCCAAUCAGAUAAAUUACAACACGGAUGUGGCCCAGAUUAUUCAUCAGCAUGGCUACCUGGUAAUGAAUCAUUGUGGCAGGCCACAACUGUUCCAUCUAACCAUCGAAAUAACCAUAUCAGGAGACACAGUAUAGCUUCUGACAGUGGAGACACUGGCAUUGGAACUUCCUGUUCUGAUAGCGUGGAAGAUCAUUCAACUUCAAGUGGCACAUUAUCUUUUAAACCUAGUCAAUCAUUGAUUACUCUUCCUACUGCCCAUGUGAUGCCGUCUAAUUCCAGCGCUUCAAUUUCCAAACUUAGGGAAUCCUUGACACCAGAUGGCUCAAAAUGGAGUACAAGCCUCAUGCAAACAUUGGGAAACCACAGUAGGGGGGAGCAGGACUCUUCACUAGACAUGAAGGACUUCCGGCCACUUCGGAAAUGGUCAUCCUUAUCCAAACUCACUGCCCCGGAUAACUGUGGCCAGGGUGGCACUGUAUGCAGAGAAGAGUCAAGGAAUGGUUUGGAGAAGAUAGGGAGGGCUAAGGCUUUAACAUCACAACUGAGGACAGUUGGGCCUAGCUGUUUACAUGAUAGUAUGGAGAUGCUUAAGUUAGAGGACAAGGAAGUAAAUAAAAAACGGUCAUCAACUCUGGACUGCAAAUAUAAAUUUGAGAGCUGUAGCAAGGAGGACUUUAGAGCCUCUUCCUCAACUCUUAGGAGACAGACUGUAGACAUGACAUAUAGUGCCUUACCUGAAAGCAAGCCCAUUAUGACAAGCUCAGAGGCUUUUGAACCUCCAAAAUUUUUAAUGCUUGGUCAACAGGCAGUAGGUGGAGUUCCCAUUCAGCCUUCUGUAAGGACUCAGAUGUGGCUUACAGAGCAGCUGCGGACAAAUCCUUUGGAAGGUAGAAAUACAGAGGAUUCUUACAGUUUAGCUCCUUGGCAACAGCAGCAAAUUGAAGACUUUCGACAAGGAAGUGAAACACCAAUGCAGGUUUUGGCUGGAUCAUCUCGUCAAAGUUAUUCACCUUCUGGCUAUCAGGAUUUCAGUAAGUGGGAAUCAAUGUUGAAAAUAAAAGAAGGACUUCUAAGGCAGAAAGAAAUUGUAAUCGAUCGGCAGAAGCAACAAAUUACCCACCUGCAUGAGAGGAUAAGGGAUAAUGAAUUACGGGCUCAACAUGCCAUGUUAGGACAUUAUGUAAAUUGUGAGGAUUCUUAUGUGGCUAGUUUGCAGCCACAAUAUGAGAACACUUCACUCCAGACACCAUUUUCAGAGGAAUCAGUUUCCCAUUCCCAACAAGGGGAAUUUGAGCAAAAGCUUGCAUCUACUGAGAAAGAAGUUUUACAGCUUAAUGAGUUUCUCAAACAAAGACUAAGCCUAUUUAGUGAAGAGAAGAAGAAACUGGAGGAAAAACUUAAAACUAGAGAUCGAUACAUUAGUAGUCUGAAAAAGAAAUGCCAGAAGGAAUCUGAACAAAAUAAAGAAAAGCAGAGAAGAAUCGAGACCUUGGAGAAGUAUCUGGCUGAUCUUCCAACUCUAGAUGAUGUACAGAGUCAGAGUCUACAGCUGCAGAUUCUGGAAGAAAAAAAUAAGAAUUUACAAGAGGCUUUGGUAGAUACAGAAAAAAAAAUUGAAGAGAUUAAAAAGCAGUGUCAAGAUAAAGAGACACAGUUAAUAUGCCAGAAAAAGAAAGAAAAGGAGUUAGUAACUACUGUUCAGAGUUUGCAACAAAAAGUAGAAAGAUGCCUUGAAGAUGGAAUCCGCCUUCCCAUGUUAGAUGCAAAACAGCUUCAGAAUGAAAAUGAUAAUCUCAGACAACAAAAUGAGACUGCUAGUAAGAUAAUAGACAGCCAACAAGAUGAGAUUGACAGAAUGAUUUUAGAAAUUCAGUCUAUGCAAGGAAAGCUUUCGAAAGAGAAACUGACCACUCAAAAGAUGAUGGAAGAGCUGGAAAAGAAAGAAAGAAACCUACAGAGAUUAACAAAAGCAUUGCUUGAAAACCAAAGACAAACAGAUGAGACAUGCUCUUUAUUGGAUCAGGGCCAGGAAGCUGACCAAUCUAGGCAGCAGACAGUUCUUUCCAAACGGCCACUAUUUGAUUUGACUGUGAUUGAUCAGCUGUUCAAGGAAAUGUCCUGUUGUUUGUUUGACUUGAAAGCAUUGUGCAGUAUUCUUAAUCAGCGUGCUCAGGGCAAGGAGCCUAAUCUUUCAUUAUUACUGGGAAUAAGAUCAAUGAACUGUUCAGCUGAAGAGACUGAGAAUGACCACAGCACAGAAACACUCACUAAAAAGCUGUCAGAUGUGUGCCAGUUACGAAGAGACAUUGAUGAAUUAAGGACUACAAUAUCAGACCGCUAUGCUCAGGACAUGGGAGACAACUGCAUUACUCAGUGAUCAAGUGUUAGUCCCACAGCAAUAAUGACCUGUUGUUUAAAUGCUGCUGUGUUACAGACUCAUAAUGGAAGGUUGCAAGUGACAUGACUUGCACAUAGGGAUUUUUUUCUGUGGAUUUGUUUUAUUGAAGGGGAGAAGGGAAGUGAAGUGAUUUUGAAGGGGCUUAUCUAAUCAGGCAAAAAAAAAAAAAAUCAAAUUACCUUCGGAAAAUAUGAUAAAAUCUACAAGAAAAAAAUGUCUGUAUUCUCAAACUACUGAUUGUAGGACCAAGCUGUGAAGAGUACCCUUCACAUGAAGGAGUAGGCUUCCCUUUAAUCCUAUAGCUUCGUGUAUUUGUGUGUGCAUGUGUGUGUGUUGUGUGUGUGCACAUGCUUUAUUCACAAAUUUAUAAGGGUUUCUAGGGUCAGAGCAGAGCUUCUAAGAAAGGCACCCGCUGUUUAUUCUUAUAUUUCUUUCAUAUAGAAACUUGUGUUGUACUUUGGGAUUUUCAGUGGCUGGCUUAACAAGAGUUCCAACAGCAGGCAAGUGUUGUAAUGAUAGUACAGCGGGAAAACCAUUUGUAUUUUGAACACUUACUGCACUGAUAGGAUGUUUUGUGGUUGAGCUGAUUUUAGUACUAUAGAUAUGUCAGCUGUUUUUCCAGAGUGAUUGUGGAUUUCCCAAGAGGUGUGAAAUUUUGACAUGAUGCUCUUUUUCCUUAGCGUUGUAAUGUAUGUGUUACAAGAAAGGUUAACAUAACUUGAACUGAUUUUAACAUGUUCCUUACUAUUUACAAUUUUUUAUUUAUAUGUUUUAUAUAUAUACAUAUAUAUAUCAAUGUAAACAAAGCCAUAUAUAAUUAAUAAAGGCAUUGGAUCAUUAUUAUAAAAGAAAGAUUAACAAAGUUACCCUGGAACGAUAGCUUACUUAUCCAAAUCUCAACAUUUACAUUUUAACAGUUUUGUAUCUGUUUCAAAGUUGAAACUACUGUAAGAGAAAGCCAAUACUGUUUAUAUCUGAAUCAACAGUAGCAUAAAAAUUUUUAAAUUGAAAUGGCAUUUUAAUUCCUUUUAUUAGAUAAAGUACAUUAACAACAAAGUUUUUCAUAGGAUAUGAACUUGACAAGGUUAGUUCUUCAUCUGAAUUACAGGGUAUUACUAUGAAAUGCAAUUGAUUUUCCAGUAGACAUACAGUCAUUUAAACUUCCAAAUGAGUUUUGUCCAUGUUGCUGUUGGUAUUUUGGAAUGAUUAUACAUUUUAUUGCCAUCAGCAUUGAUUAUGUUCUUUUGAAUAUACUUAGUUAUGGCCAAAGCCUUGCUUGUCCUUUGUAAGUUGAUUUGAUCUUGUGAUGCAACCAAGUCUCAUUUAGGUCAAGACUAAAUAAGAGAUGGAGGGGUAGAGGGUGUGACUCAAGCAGGAUAAUAUUGAUUUGAUAAAGAGCAUAUCACACACCUGUUUUCUUGCCAGAUAAAGGGCAUAGCACAUGCCUGUUUUCUUAUAUUCUAGAAUAAAGGCUAGGAAAUCUAGGAAAGAUUUUUCUUAAGUAUGUAACAAUGAAAAUGUGAGACAAGGCCUUCAAGGAGACUACCCAGGAAGAUACUCAGUUUGAAAUUUUGGCUUAUACAGCUCUCAAUAGAUUAUUUUACGGUUAUAGUUGAAUAAUCAGUUAUAAUACACUGUAAAGACAUCAGAUUUUCAUUCUGUUCAGUGCCUGAGUCCUUCCUGCUCUUCUUACUUCUGAGGAUCUGGGCACUAAGAAAUCAGUACAUUGUAGUGCUUCUGCAUCCCAGAGUCCUUGAGGGUCUUAGUCACUAGUAAGAAUUUGACUUUCUAAUUAUAUUCACUUGGUUUUUUAACAUUAGUAGCUUGAAGAUAUUCAGGGUAUAGUAAAUUUCUACCAAAAAUAUGAUGCAAAGAAUUCUGCCUUGGUCCUUUAUGGUAAAGUAGAUAAUAACAUCUAAAAUAGAUCAUCCACAAGUGCAGCAAACAUUUUUACAUU